GCGCACGCGCGGUGCGAGGGGAUAAAAGGGGGUCGGUUGGCGGCGCGCGGUCACGUGAGGCUUUUUGUCCUUGUCCCCGUGGCGAGCGGCGGCAAAGACAACGACCGAGCGGGUGAGUGAAUACGAGGAGUUGCAUCUGUGGUAAAAUUGUCUCUGUGAAGAGGAAUUGAAAUCUUACGACCUGAGGGUCUUGGAAAAGAUUUAUAAAACCCCAGAAAAACUUAAUAAAACUCUAAAUAAACCUUACCGGGAACACACUAGGCUACAAAAACCUGAGAAGAAAGAUCAGGUGAAGACUAAAGCCAAAAUGCGAUUCUUUUUUUACUUCCAGCGUCCCAUGCGUAUUUUUGUCAAUGAUGACCGGCAUGUAAUGGCAAAACAUGCAGCCAUCUACCCAACUCAAGAAGAACUGGAAGCAGUGCAGAAUAUGGUGUCACAUACUGAACGAGCAUUGAAGGCCGUUUCUGACUGGUUGGAUGAGCAGGAGAAGGCCAAUUCUAAACCUGAAGUCACUGAAGAAACUGAGGAGCCUGCAACAGAGGGAGAGAACAAGGAAGGAAUGGAAGACCAUGACAACUUUACCAUGGAACAGAAGUCUACAGAUCUAAAUGCCAGCCGGACCCUACGAGGUGUGAUGCGAGUUGGGCUGGUUGCCAAAGGACUUCUUCUGAAAGGAGAUCUUGACCUGGAACUUGUACUGUUGUGCAGGGAUAAGCCGACUAAAUCGCUGCUGACCAAGGUCAAAGAUAAUCUGGCUGUACAAUUAGCGACCAUCACUAAGGAAAAGUAUGAAAUAGAUCCUUCAGAACAAGAUGCAGCGAUUAUUAUAAAGAAUGACAAAGAGGAACCACUAACCCUGAAGAUUAAACUGACCUCUCCUCUGGUCCGGGAAGAACUCGAGAAGGAGGCUGCUGGAGAAACAGUAACGAUGAGUGAGCCUGCGGAUGUAUUGGACAGGCAGAAAUGCCUAACCGCCUUGGCGUCCCUGCGACACGCCAAAUGGUUCCAGGCCAGAGCAAAUGGGCUGAAGUCAUGUGUCAUUGUCAUCCGAGUUCUCCGGGAUUUGUGUUCAAGAGUACCCACAUGGGCACCACUUAAAGGAUGGCCGUUGGAGUUGAUCUGUGAAAAAGCUAUUGGAACUGCAAAUAGGCCUUUAGGUGCGGGAGAGGCAAUGAGAAGAGUCCUGGAAUGUCUAGCUUCAGGAAUUUUAAUGCUUGAUGGACCUGGGAUCUAUGAUCCAUGUGAAAAGGAUGCUAUUGAUGCUGUUGGUGCUUUUACCAGACAACAAAGAGAGGACAUAACACAGAGCAGUCAGCAUGCCUUGAGGCUGGCUGCCUUUGGACAGUUGCACAAGGUAUUGGGAAUGGAUCCAUUACCUUCUAAGCUCCCUAGAAAACCGAAAAAUGAAAAUCCAGUGGAUUAUACAGUUCAGAUUCCUCCAAGUGCAUUCAGCACCCCAGUGAAGAGGCCAAUGGACGAAGACUCCGGUGAGGACAAGUCUCCAAACAAAAAGAAAAAGAAGACCCAAAAGAAAGCAGCAGAAGAAAAGAUUGAGCCAGCCCAAGCUAUGAAUGCAUUGAUGAGACUUAAUCAACUACGGCCAGGUCUUCAAUACAAAUUAAUCUCUCAGACUGGUCCUGUCCAUGCUCCAGUAUUCACCAUGUCUGUGGAAGUGGAUGGAAAGAACUAUGAAGCAUCAGGCCCAUCUAAGAAAACUGCCAAACUUCAUGUAGCCGUCAAGGUUUUGCAAGAUAAAGGUCUCCCAACAGGAGUGGAACCUGAGAAAAUUGAAGAAUUGAUUAAAGUGGAACCCAAGCCUGUUGUUCCAGUCCCUGCAGCAGUGACUGUAAAACCACUCGUCGUAACUCCUGAGCCUGAGAGCACACGUCAGCAAGGUCCAAUCUUGACCAAACAAGGGAAAAAUCCAGUGAUGGAGUUGAAUGAGAAGCGCAGGGGGCUUAAAUACGAAUUAAUAUCUGAGACGGGUGGCAGUCAUGACAAGAGGUUUGUUAUGGAGGUUGAAGUUGAUGGUCAGAAAUUUACAGGCUCAGGUUCCAAUAAGAAAGUGGCAAAAGCCCAUGCUGCACUCGCUGCCCUGGAAAAACUUUUUCCCCACCAGCCUCCCAUGGAAGUAAAGAAAAAACGAAUUAUUCAGCCACAGCAGCAUAAUAUGGGAUUUGGUGGUGGCAUGAGCAUGGGAGUGCUUCCGGCUGGACCUCCAGCAGGCCCUCCUGUACUAAGAGGUAGAGGCAGGGGACGUGGAAGAGGUGGCAGAGGUGGUUUCAAUGCUUCCAACAAUUCUGGUUACUUGUCUUCAGGGACUGGUUAUGGUGGGGGAAGCUAUGGAUAUGGUGGAGGAGGAGGAAGUGGUGCCAACUAUGGUUAUGGAUCCUCUAAUUCUUCAAGUGGAUAUGCUGUAGGUGACUUUUUCAAAGACAGCUUCCAAGAUUUUCCCUCUGGCUAGAGGGUGAAAAUUGAUUCAAAAUCCUGCCCCUCCCAGUUUGGUCUAACUCAUUUGAACUGUUGACGCCCAAAAUCUGUAGACACUUGCUGGACUAUACUGCUUCAUCUGGACUCUGGUUUCUUGUCGAUACCACUGAAACUGCAUAUUCACACUGGUUUUUGACUCCGAAUUCUGGCAUCCAUCUGCAGGAUUUGUUACUUUUUGUAUUGUCAAGACUUGGGGAGGAGUCUUCUGAAAGAUCACCGCACCUAUAAAGCAAUAAAUUGUAGGGGGAGGGAAUGCCAAAGCAGAGAAGAAACAAAAUAAUUUUGCUAUCCAAAGAAACUGUUCUGAUUUGGAAUAUGUUUUUACCCAGUGAUACAAUGUAACAAAAUAUGACUGUCAGCCUGAUUUAAAUUUAAUGCAAUUUAAAGGUUGUCCUUGUCGAUACUGGUAAUGUGAUACAUUAAACAUGCAGCUGGAGCAAAGUAACUUCAAUUUUAUUUUAUGUGGCAUUACCGCUAUUCACAGUAGAGUAACAUUCCCUAUAAAACUAAAAAAACACCAGUUCUACAUUGAGAACUUCACAUUGCUAACAGUGUUUAGCACAGUGAAUGGUUAUGUUCAUUGAUGGUAGCAGUGUAUUAACAAGUUUCACAUUUUGUGUUGGCACUGUAUUUAUGCCAAAUAAUUUUGACAUGUUUUUGUAGAUUAGGUAUUGUUUUGAAUCAAAAUGGAGCAAACAUUGAGCUCGUUAAUAAAGCUCAUACUUAUCAAUGGUAUGUUUAUAAAUUUUGAAAAAUAUUUGUUGUAGAUCUGGAUUAAAUGACAACAGACAAAUUGAAUCUCCGUUUGGCAUUUUGCUAAUUAAAAACUAACUCCUGGGGGAAAAAACUGCAAUCCUGAUUAGAGUAUUCCUUUGAAAGUGCACUUCUCAUACUUGUGGACACUGAAUCUUAACCUUGCAUUUACAACCAUAUAUGUCCAUGUAUCAACAAGUAUGUUCCACUGAAAGGGUUUUGUCAGGAAGUAGAAAUAUUUGCUUUUCCCUAUUACCAUGUUCGAUUGAGCCACUAGAUCUAAUGUUUACAUAGAUUUUUUCAGCGUGGAGUAUUAUCUAAAAUCCAAUGUUUUACUGGUUAAAAUUCAAUUUUUCAACCAGCAAACUAUUUGUGUGGUGGUAUUUGAUGACACAUAAGGAUUAGAGCAGGAGAAAGCAAUCUGCCCCUUUUGAGCCUGCUCUGCCGUCCAUUUAGAUCAUGCCUGAUCUUCUACCUCAGCUCCAUUGUACUGUACUGUCCCUGUGUCCCUUGAUUCACUUGCUAUCUAGAAACCUAUUUUGAAUGAACUCAAUGAUCUGAGUCUCUUUAACACUCCUGGGUAGAAAAUUCCAAAGAUCUGCAAGCCUUGGUACAGAUAUUUAUCCGUGCCUUGGUUCUAAAUUUCCUAACCAUUUGUGUGUAAUUGAUCCCUGGUUCUGGGCUCCUGGCAGUGGGGAUAUUCUGUAUCCAGCCUGUAAAGCCCUUCAAGGAUUUGUGUUUCAGUGAGAUCUCUUAUUUUCAUAAUCUCCAGAAAAUACAGGCUAAGCCUAUUCAGUCUCUCCUUGUAUAGCGAAUACCCAGCCUGUCGCCCUUGCUUAUACCUUUUCUGUUAUUCGCCCCAAAAUGGAUUCCAUACAUUUUUCCACAAUUCCUUCGUUUGCCAUGUUUCGCCCACUUGCCUGUAUUCCCUUGGAAGCUUCUUUAUUUCUCCCUACUUACAGUCCUACCUACCCUCUACUGGAAAACACAUAGAUUCCAGCAAAUGCAUUCUCAUGUCUUCACAAUCCAACCUAGCUUUGUACUGUCAGCAAAUUUUGAAACACAUUUGGUCUGUUUUGGCCAAGUUACUGAUUGAUCCCAGCUGAAUCUCGCUCAAAACUGCCAGCUGAAACCCCACUCAAAACCUACUGCAUGUUAAGUAAUUCCUUGUCUGUCAGUGUAUUACUUUGCAAUGCAACCCCGAUGACCAGCACCUGAAUGGACCUCAUCGAAAGACUUAAAAUUGCUAUAAAAACGUCCACUGAAUCUCACCUCCUCACCUAUCCCAUGAGCUACAUCGUUGAGUUCCAAUUGAUUAGUCCACACAAAAUUUACUCAGUUCGACUAGUUCUGUUACAUCCUUCACAUUUUCCAGCAUUUUCUCUACUGAUGUUGGGCCAGUUUCAAAUGAUUCAGAUCAGUGCUUUAUUUUGACUUUGUUCUUACUGGGCUGGGUUAUUUGUUACUUUAAAUGUGAGUUUUCAUAAUGUAGAUAGAGUAUGGUGUAUAAUGUAUUGACCCGGCCCUAUCCAAAUUUAAAUAAAAACGAUUUCAGUUGAAGCAGUAAGGUUGUAAUUCAAGGGAUUUUAUGUAUGACCUACUUUAUUGUGCCUCAACCUUUUAUUGCUUGCUUUUUUGUGUUGUGUAACAAUUUUUUUCUAUGAGAACAAUUGUAUAGCAACUUAAUCAGAACUGAUGUCAGGUUGUUUCAUUCAAGUUCAAUAAAAGUUUUUAACCCGUUU